AUGUCAAAUUUGUUCAACGAGAACGACUCAUCUGCGGAGGAGACGGGGGAUGUUAAGAUUCUCAUCAAAGGUGGUGACAAGCUCAGCCCAAGAACUAAAAAUGUGUAUGCGUUUUGCAAUCACUGCAAGAAGGACAUUUCUGUCGUGUACAUCAAGUCGGAGACGAACGGUAAAGAAUUAGCCGUGACGGAGACGUUGAAGACCAAUUGGCCUGCUGUGUUUGAAGGGGGAUUUCCUGAGAACGACUACGAGAAAUGCAAGAAGAACAACGAUUAUGAAAGCUGCAAGAAGCUGUUGGAUGAAAAGAAGAAGUCUGAUAAGAUUCACAAAUUGUGGGUUUCCUUUCUGGACUCGUGCACGUUGCAUGGGUUUCACUUUUGCUUCUCAGGCAACCCACCUGUGCGCCGUGUAAUAUGGACUUUAUUACUACUCGGGGCAUUCGCGUUAUUCUUCGAGAAGUGUACCGAUAGUAUUAUCAAUUAUUUUCAAUUCCCAUUUACCACCACCACGCUUAUCGUUUACGAGAACAGCUUGGUGUUUCCCGCAGUCAGUAUUUGCAAUUACAACGAUGCCCGCUUCUCCAAAAUGAAUGGAACCACUGUGCAUGAGCUCUACUUCAGAACCAAGAUUAAAGGAGAAAAUGUCAGUCACCUCAUGGAGAAAAUCUCAGGAGAAGAAAUGACAAAAACGCUUACAGAGGCUGCCCAUCGACUCGACGAAAUGAUUCUGGAAUGUAAUUGGCAAAAAGAUUCAAAAUGUGACCAUAGAAACUUUACCGAGUUUAAGAACGCUGAUGGAGAUGUUUGUUUUACGUUUAACUCCGGUAAAAAUAGCUCGGCCCUUUUGACAAGCAGCACGGGUGAAGACAAAGGCUUACGUCUUCUCAUCGAUGUGCAGCAUUAUGAUUAUUAUUUUGCUGUUGAAAGCGCAGGCUUCAAGGUAAUUUUGCACGACCAGGAUGAAACUCCAGUUAAAAUGCAGGGCUUAGCCGUAUCUCCUGGGUUUACGACAUACAUGGAACUAAAGAAGAAAAAGGUGCGCUCAGAUUUCAUUUACUUGUAGUUUGUGUAGUUAAGUAACAACACAAAUGCUAUUUCUAAUUUCAUUACGUCGGCUAUAUUUAAUUUCUAUUUUCAUGUUAUUCGUUGACGAAAAAAAUGCCGUAUUGGAACACCGUUUAGAAGUUGUUGUUUCAAGUUUUCUUUUAUCUCAAGGAAGGUUUUUAUCAACAAAAGUUGAAGUUAGCUGAUAAAAUAUUACAAAAAAAUAAUGAUGAUGAAAAGAUGAAACCUUUAGCUUGAACAACAUAAUUAAAUAUUACUUACUCGUGAUACCAAAGGAGAAAUGCAAAUGCUAUCUAACAAACACUUUUAUCGUUCAAUUUUUGUUAAGAAGAGAUUAAAAUAACCUUACUUUUAAUUCUAAAAUUGUUUCUCAAAGCUUUAAAUGGUAAGAUUGCUUACUUUCCGGAUCGUAAGCGAGAACAGACUUUGAUUUGAAAUAAUACUGUUUUGUCUUCGCUUUGCACUUUCAACAAUAGAAAAUGAAUCGAAUUAGCACAUUUAUAGCAAGGUGUUCAUAGUUACUGAAAUAUUCAUUCAAAAAGCGUUUUUAUUUUUAUUUUUAGAGGAUGAGUUGCUUACUGGUGUUUUUUUUUUGUUUAAACGAUCGUCCGGAUAUCUGUUUUGAUUCUUUAUUAAAAACUAAAAAAAAUUUCUGUUGAGGCAAUCGAUAGCUUUGACCGGUGUCACAGAGGGUCCAGAAUAUACUUCAAUCAAUAAUUAUGUAGAACAGUCUUUGCCUUUCAACGAUGUGCGACGCUCGAGUAAAAUAAAGUCAGUGUAAAAAGAAUUGAUUUCAGCGCUUAAUGGUAUAAGGCGCACGAAAAGUAGUGCUUUUCGCGGAGCUCAAUCCCAAAGUUCUAUGCGGCGCGCUAGCAUCAAAUCCUUUUUUUUUUUUUCUUUUUUCUUUUUUUCCCCACUGAUAUUCUCUUCGCCAAAAAGGUGAGACUGGUCGUAUUCUAAUGAAUCUGAUGCUGUUAGCAUCAACAGGAAAAGUCUCUGUGGAAAAGAUAAAUUUCAACUAUUCUCAAAAAUACAAUCGCGAGCAUUCUCAUUUAAUAACUAUUCCAUGAGUGUACAUUGGAUAUGAGUUAGCUAUAACUAAUCUUGUUCCAGCAAGUACAAAUGCAAUAAUUGUUUAUUUAAAUUUUCCACUUUUCGUUAAUAGGCUUACUUAAAUGUUUCAAUUGUCAAUUUUUUCCAAAUUUGAGUUACCGGAAGUCUAUUACUUCCAGGUGCAAAACAGCAAAACCUAUAUUAAAUGACAUUAUUGUUUCAAAAAAUGGUUAUUCUGUAGUGUCUUCGGCCAUUUUGCUCAUUGUUGGUGUGUUCGAAAUGUUUUCCAGAUCACGAACUUGCCUUCUCCUUAUCGAACCAAGUGCGGGAUGCCAAAGCUACGCUUCUUUGACAAAUACAGCAAAUCCAAAUGUUUCUUGGACAAACUGACUCGUUAUGUUGUCAGAAACUGCAAUUGCCGUGCCUGGUUCAUGCCAGGUAAGUUCGCUUUCAGUUGACGAAUUCAACAUUAAAGUAAUUUCAAAUAUUGGCAAUUAGCUUCUCUCUCCACUGAGCGAGUUACCAUACUAUAGUAAUCAUCAACUGAUUUUUGACCUGUCUGUUGCUCAGUGAUAUUCGUCCAAAAAGACUCGCGCCAUCCUCUCAACCAAUCAGAUGCAAAGUUUAUCACAUUUUCCUUUGCUCCAAUUGGCCGUUUUGGUUUCUGCAGUUUUGGUUCUAUGAUACUUAAUGAGCUUAAUCUUGCCUUUACGAAGAGUCUGAAUGGGGUUAACAGACCAACAAAAAUGGGCGAAAAUGUAAAUGGGAACCAAAACGCAAAAAAAGAUUACUUAUAAGCGGCAAGUAAGUACUAACCAACAUGCUCUGACAUUUUCGAUACUUGCAUUCUAAAAAGAGAAUUUUAGCCUUAGAGGUAACCUCUUACAGUUUAAGUUUCAGUUAAAGAAUUUCCUCUCAUCAAACUUAUUUUAUGACCGGAUCGGAGCGCGGCCUCAUUUCCACAACAGCGUCUGGUACUCGAAUAUGAAUAAUUAACUUGCAUUUUUUUAAUCAUUAACUGAGAUUAACUGACUACCGACAAAUUAAUGAAAUUCUAUCCGACAACUGACGUAAUGACCUCCCCCCCACCGUCCACUUCCACUCAGACCCUCUUAAUGACAUCACCAUCACUCAAGUUUACCCACUUCCUACCUAAUUAACCUAACAACAGAAAUCACAAGCAAACUUGACGCCAUUUCAGCUCAAACGGAAAAGCGAAAGAUCAUUUAGUCUAUCGCUACCUUAGGGAAUUUGCAAUAUAAAGAGCUAGCUUGAUGCAUAAUAUGGAACUUGGCCUAUUAAGGAUCCUUUGUGCCCGUUUUUCUUUGGACAGAUGAUGCUUAUUUAUCUAUCUAUCUAUCUAUCUAUCUAUCUAUCUAUCUAUCUAUCUAUCUAUCUAUCUAUCUAAGCCUAUUGCUCCUCCUACGACAUCGGCCGUCAACAACAGUCCGCCAGAGACCUCUGUUCUUAGCUAUCCUUUCUAGUUACCUCCACGAAUGGCCGGUCUUUCUGAUGUCAACCUCGAGGUCAUAACCUCAGGUGUUCACUGGUCGCCCUCUCUUUCUCUUACCCUGGGGAUUCCGAUAGAGGGCCUGUCUUUUGACACUUGAUGUUGGUUGGCGAAGGGUGUAUCCUUAUGGAUCUGUAAAUUUUUAACAAAAAUCUCACUGUCGUUCCAUAUAUGGGCGACGUUUUCCCGUUGUGAGUUUUCUGGGCUUGACAUCUCUAUUGAUUUGUCUGUAGGAGCUGAUGUCGGAAUUCCUGUUUGCGAUCUGGAAACGAGUCAUACGUGCAUGUGGCCGGCCUGGGGUAAGAAGUGUUCAUGAAUAGACCCAGUGAUGUCAAGUCAAAGAUGUCUCUUGACUUAGGGGAGAGUGAAAAAAAAACACACACACACAUGUUGAUUUAGACAAACAAGAGCGUUUGUUUUAAGUUUAAAUGUAAUAUACGAGAAAAGAAAAGGAUUCAAUCUUAUUGCAGUUACUUAAGUAGCGAGGCUCAAAAUCAUACUUGGUAAGGGAACGUUAUUAUGUAAGCAGCACAAGCAAAAUGAAAAAGUUUUGUAAGCUCCCUGACAAUGCGAAACCUUUUGCUUUUGUUUUGCCUUAUGUUCGUGUGCGUUAACACAGCGAGCCCAGAUGAAAUAAUUGCAUGCUUUUAUUGAUCAGGUGGAUCAGAAUACCAGGUGGGCUCUUGGACAUUGUGCAUGGUCAGUUCUAGACAUAUGUUAGGCUUCAUGACCUUUGCAGUUAAUCUUUAGCUAUGGCAGAAAACGAAAAUUGUAUUUUAGCAUAUUUUUCAGAAACACUGUGUUUAAAUUUCAGUGCAUUUCGAGGACAAGAAAUUGGACGAGUGUCCCGUGGCUUGUGAAAGCGUGGAAUUUUCUGCUCAGAUGUCAUAUGCCCGCUAUCCGGCCAAUGCCUAUGCUGAUUUGCUUCUUUCCAAAGAGAGAAAUUUGACAGGUUCACCCGAAGAAAACAGACAGUACCUGAGGUAGUGUGACGUCAGAUUUCUAAACCUUAAUGCAACAUUUGGAGAUUCCUAGGCGUAGGAAAUUCUAUCAGGGUCCCGGCUUGAAGCACACUUCUGACAUUUUCCAUGUGCUCACAACAAAACUUUAUCAUUCGUUCCAGUCUCCACACGGGGGUAGCGCCUGGUGCUUACAAAAAAACAAACAAACAAACGAUCGCGUGUUCAACAUUGGUACCUAUUUUUCUUGUGUAUUUGUGUUUUCUUCUAUGAAUUACAAUCACCGGUAUUCAUGAAAUUAUUUCUUACUGUUGGACUUUUUUUACUUGAAUUUCAGAGAUAACCUUCUGGAGUUAAGGAUUUAUUUCGAAUCUUUAACUUACUCUGAUGUGAGACAGGUUCCCAGUUAUGAUCUGUACAGUUUGUUAGGUAGGAAAUUUUUAUUUCCUUUUUAUUACUAUAUAUAUAUAUAUAUAUAUAUAUAUAUUUGCAUUAUUCACGGCGGCAACAUUUCUCACAUUUCAUAAACUCUCUUACAUUACAUUGCUUACAGUACAUCACUUACAAUAUAAUACUUACAACGAGAUGCUACGAUGAAUUUCCCACUCCUGUAACACUACGAUGCUGAAACAUUUAAUUUUCUUAAACCUCCCAGCCCCCUUCCCCCACCCCUGCUCCCUUUCAGCUUGUGACCAACUUGUAGUUUGAAUACAAGCUUUGCAUGUAUGGACGUAAUCCUGCACUCAUCGCAUCAUAAAGCUUAAUUCCGAGACAAUUAUUUUUGCAUAAGAAAAACCUCCUCCUCAUUUCAACCAGGCAAACCAUUUAUUGAUAUCAAGGAAAGGUUUCGGGUGAAAAAAAGGGGGGGGGAGUGGGCAACAUACAUGAUUCUGUACGGUUUUAAUAUCAUGAAGCAGCCAGGCGCCUGUCACUUUGCUUAGGUGGGAUGAUAUUCCGUUGCAGUUAGCCCUUCCUCAGUAUUUCUUCAGGUUGCUCUGAUAAUUUAGGGUUAUCAAUUUAUACUCCUGAGGGGAGAGAGGCCCUGUGAGUGAAAAGGACUAAGCGAAAGAACCGGCCAUUGUUCGAACCCAGACCUCUCGACCCACCAGAUUUUAAAACACCAGAGAUUACUAACGCCUGAAGUUGUACCCAGUCUUAACCUAUGAGUUUACGUCAUUUUUCAGGUGACGUGGGAGGUCAAAUUGGUCUCUUUCUCGGCGCCAGUCUCUUGACGUUUGUCGAAUAUUUGGAUCUUCUGGCAAUGGUGCUAUUCACCAAAUACAAGUAUCACAAUAAGUGAUUAGAAAACAUUGACGGACUUAGUUAGUUUGGAGUAAAUAAUAACUAACAUAAUAUUCAGUAUAAUUUAAUUUAUGUGAAAUUACUAUUAUGAUUGUACAUAAAAGUAUUUCUUAGAAAAGAAAUUGUUUAUGAUAAAUUAUAUUUAUUCUGUAGAGAUUUCACCGAAAAAGCUCUCGGUUAUAUUACAACGCAAAAAACAUUGUAAUAUCAACUUCUGAUAUUCAAAAUAUUUCUUGGGCAAAAAAUGCUAAAGCUGGAUAAUUUCAUGAUAUCUUCUACGCAAACCUGGAUAAUUUAUGAAAUCAAGUUCCUGUAAACUUAAGACUGUUACAUUGCAGUGCUUUUCCGCUAAGUGAAACAAUGCUGGUAAUUUAACAGCAUUAUCAGGUUUAGGAUACUUUUGAAACUUUGAGGACCAAAGAUGUUGUAGCAUUAUGUUUGUGAAAGCCAUCACUAAAAUUGGAAAGCUGACAAAAACGUGAUCUAACGAAAGGAAAGGUUCCCAGCUACCUAAAUGUUGAUGCCAAGCUUUUUCCAUGCUUUCAGGAAAAUUCUUGUGACAGUCUUAAAUCCGAGUGGGAGAUAAAAAAUGAAAAUUUGGUAAUCGUAACUGAUCUAAGAACUCGCAGAUUAUUGUAUUUUAAGUCCCAAAAGGUCUGAUGGCCAAAAACACUGAAUAACGUAUUCAAAAAAUUAUUUGUCGACCUUGUUGAUACUAACAACAGUAAAAGAAUGUUUUGAACCAUUUAAUCCACAAGAAGAAUAAUUUAGCUAUCAUAUUUGAAAACAAAACAAUUAGUAAACCAAAUUUUGACAAGGAAAGCUCCCGACGGGAGAGAUUGCGUUAGAAAAAAAAAGUCGUUCUGAAAUCUCUAUUUCAGCUUGAGCUUAGUGGGACGUUUAUUGCUUAUUUGGAGAUGAAUGAUAUAAACUGCGAAAAAAUGACCGAAAAAUUUAAUUUUACCGUUUGUGGUUUACAAUUUGCAUUCCGUUUCCAUUUUAAAAAUCGACAAGAGAAGCGGGUGAUUUUGCAAAGGUCUGAGUAAAACAUGACCUCAGUCUUUCCCAACUUGAAAUUGUGGCAUGUUUUUAUAAAUGCUAUCGUGGAAUAUGUUUAAUUAACUCAGAGGUUUUUUUUUCAUGUCUCAGCAACUAUGGAGGUUUUACUUAAAUCCCGCCUCUUCCUGUUUUGAUGGAUUUGUAUAGGAAUUGAAAAUAGGAAAACAUUCCCCUCUAUAUCCUUGAAUUUGGCUCGUGAUUUAGAUGUUUUUCUGAAACUUCUGAUCAAAAUUGGAUAAAAGGAAUCUCACCCAACCAUCUAUUGAUUGUAGCGUCCCAUUAUUGUUUUCGCUUCUCUUCACUGUUUUCCUUUCUUUCUAAGUUCAUGAAGUGUCCUCAGCCGCGAAGCCAAACAAACUACUUGUCAAUUAAAUUUUACAAUAGAUAUUUCAUCCUUUUUCUCAACCUGUCGCUGUAUUUUUAUCGUGUUCGUGUUAUUUUAGUGUUUUUCUUCGUUCUUGGUGAUUUUACGUGAAAAUUGGACAAAGCAUAUUAAUAAUAAAUAACAUUUGUGGGCGUCUACCUCAUAAAAAAGCGACAAUUUAAAGGCCUCUCAAUAAGCGUCCUACGGACUAACUCAGUGGGGACGACAGCGCACCGUUAGAGAGAAGAUUUUUGCUUGAAAUUAUCUCGUCGUAUAAAAAACGGUCUUAUAUUAUUAACUCGCCAUCAUAUUUGGAUGACAUAUAAUUUAUUACUUGACGACAAUUUAAAUACGUUAAGACGAAUAAAUCACGUAUUUUCCAAAAUACGUAGAGCAGUGUCAAUAAUGAUAAAUGCAAGUAGGUUAUUUUGCUUAAUGGACUAGACACGGGAAAACUUUCUUAGAAACUCCUGUCAGUGCUUUGUGGUGAGAGAAGAAGUGGGGUAUCGUUAAAUUGCGUUAGACUGGGAGAAAUAAGACACAGG